CUAGUGAACAAUACAGUCAGGAUGGCCAAAGGUGACCCCAAGAAACCAAAGGGCAAGAUGUCUGCUGAUGCUUUCUUCGUGCAGACAUGCAGGGAAGAACAAAAGAAGAAAAACCCAGAGGUCCCAGUCAACUUUGAGGAGUUUUCCAAGAAGUGCUCCAAGAGGUGGAAGAUGGUGUCUGGCAAAGAGGAAUCCAAGGUUGAUGAAAUGGCAAAGGCGGAUAAGGCUCUCUGUGAUCGGAAAAUGAAAGACAAUGGGCCAGCUAAAGGAGGCAAGAAGAAGAAAAUCCCUAAUGCCCACAAAAGACCUCCGUGA